AACGAGCCGAGUUCUCGUUCUCGCUCUCGUGCGUGCUCGUGCGCGAUCGUCGCGUAGUAUGCACAUCGUGGCCCGAGCGACAGUGGCGAGUCGACGACAGUCGUCGGUGUUUCGCGCUCUGGUGGAGUUUGCCUCGCAAAGAACAGUCGAACGUGUUUCGACUGUUCGCUCUCUUUCGAGGGCGCGAAAUUCGCGAUUUUAGAUCGAUCGAUCGACGUUGACGGUGCGUCAAGAAAACGAGCCGUCUUAAUUUCUCUCUCUAUCUUUCUUUCUUUCUUUCUUUCUCUUUCUCUCUUUCAAACUCUUCCUCUAUCUCUUUCUUUUUCUUUAUUAUUAUCUAUCUCUUUUUAUCCUCUUAAAACGUGUCCGUGAACGUAUCUCAGCGAAUCGGGUAUCGCUCUUAAUCAUAAUCAUCGUUGUAGUAGCCGUAAUAGUAGUAGUAGUAAUAGUCGUCGUCGUCGUCGUCGUCGUCGUUGUCGUAGUUAUAGUCGUAUUCGUAAUCGUGUUCGUAUCAUUUCGUUCGCGUUUAAAAGUGUUUAUUCGCGCGAUAAAAAGCGCGUACGAUCUACGCUCGUGGUCAAUAUAAUAUUUUGAAUGAACGAGAAUAACGAGUGCAAGGGGCCGAUCGGCGACGCCUGCGUGUCUAUGCGCGUGUGUUUCGACUCGUUGUGCUUCUCGUCGACGCAGCACCGGCUCGCCGACGAGGAGGACGCUUCCUCGCAGACCGUGGCUGCGGUCGCCGUCAAUAAUACCACAGGCAUUGAUGGUACCAUACGUCAUCAGGAUCAUCCUCAUUUACAAUAUCAACAAUAUCAAGAUCCGCAGCAACAGCAACAGCAGCAGCAACAACAACAACAACAACAUCAGCAGCAACAACAACCGGCAAGAUUCCCAGUCGACAUACCGGUCACCACGACGAUGGGUAAGCUCCGCGAACUUCAAGAGCUCCUACGCGUCAAGGACGACAGGAUAGCCGAACUCGAGGCCCUACUUUCGCAGCGCGAUGCCGAGAUACAGGAACUUAGGAGUCAUAUCGACAUGUUCCAAAGCGUUUUACCUUACAAGUCUCCAAUACCCUCGGCAACACCAACGAAACCAAGGCCAAGAAAACAGAGGGCACAGGGUAUAUCGGCGGAACCGCCUCUUCAGGAACUAGCACCCCUCACCGUCGUCGAGAAGAGCGACAGAUCCAGGAUUCUUAUCAAAGAGGCAAUUCUAUCGAAUGACUUCAUGAAGCAUCUAAGCAUGGCGCAAAUUGAAGAAAUAGUUGAUUGUAUGUUCCCGAUUACCUUUGAACGUAAUUCCACCAUAGUACGUGAAGGAGAUGUUGGCUCGACUGUAUUUGUCUUAGACGAGGGUAAAGUUGAAGUAUCGAGGGACGGCAAGUACCUAAGCAAUUUGACGCCAGGCAAGGUUCUUGGUGAAUUAGCAAUUCUUUACAAUUGCAAAAGGACAGCAACAAUAACUGCUGCGGUUGAUUGUAGACUAUGGGCCAUAGACCGACAAAGUUUUCAAACUAUUAUGAUGAGGACAGGCCUCACAAAACAAGCGGAAUAUACCGAUUUCUUAAAGAGCGUACCUAUUUUCAAGAAUUUACCUGACGAAGCUUUAACAAAAAUCACUGACGUUUUAGAGGAAACUACCUAUAACAAUGGCGAUUAUAUAGUUAGACAAGGUGCCAGAGGUGAUACCUUCUUUAUUAUUAGUAAAGGUCAAGUACGUGUUACUAUGAAGCAAAAGGAUUCAAUAGAAGACAAAUUUAUUAGAACAUUACGCCGAGGUGAUUUCUUCGGUGAAAAAGCUUUGCAAGGUGACGACCUGAGGACUGCUAACAUCAUCGCAAACGAUGUCGAUGGUGUCACUUGUUUAGUCAUAGAUCGUGAAACUUUCAAUCAAUUAAUUUCUCCUUUGGACGAGAUACGGAAGACAUACGAAGAUGAACUCGUGGAACGACGAAGAUUGGACGAGGAAUUCCGACACGUUCAAUUGCACCAUCUACGACGGAUUGCUACCCUCGGCGUUGGUGGCUUUGGCCGUGUCGAAUUAGUUCAAAUUGGUGAUGAUAGUUCUCAAGCAUUUUCAUUAAAACAGAUGAAAAAGGCACAGAUAGUCGAAACGAGACAGCAACAACAUAUAAUGUCGGAAAAACGUAUCAUGAAUGAAACUAAUUGUGACUUUAUUGUCAAGUUAUACAAAACAUUUAAAGACGACAAAUAUUUGUAUAUGUUAAUGGAAGUAUGCCUAGGAGGAGAACUAUGGACUGUUCUCCGAGAUAGAGGACACUUUGAUGAUCCCACUACACGAUUUUAUACUGCUUGCGUCGUCGAAGCUUUCGAUUAUUUACAUUCACGAAAUAUUAUUUAUCGUGAUCUUAAGCCGGAAAAUCUUCUAUUGGACAACGAAGGAUACGUCAAAGUCGUGGACUUUGGAUUUGCCAAGAGAUUGGAUCAUGGAAAAAAGACAUGGACAUUCUGUGGUACGCCGGAAUAUGUCGCACCGGAAGUUAUUCUCAAUAGAGGCCACGACAUAAGCGCCGACUAUUGGUCCCUCGGUGUCCUUAUAUUUGAACUUCUCACUGGAGCGCCGCCAUUCACCGGUUCUGAUCCAAUGAAAACAUAUAACAUUAUUUUAAAAGGCAUCGAUACCAUAGACUUUCCGAAGAUAAUAACACGUAACGCUUCUGUCCUGAUUAAAAAACUUUGCAGAGACAAUCCGGCAGAACGACUCGGCCAUCAAAAAGGAGGCAUUAGCGAAAUUCAAAAGCACAAAUGGUUCGACGGCUUCAAUUGGGAAGGCCUACGACUACGUACACUAGAUCCACCAAUAAGACCUCGUAUACGUGCUCCUAUUGAUACUUCAAAUUUCGACGAGUACCCACCAGACAAUGAUCCAGUGCCUCCUGAUGAUCUCUCUGGAUGGGACGCUGAUUUUUAAUUUAACGUUAUAACACGAAUAAAAAGAGAGAAAACAAAAAAAAAAUAUGUUGAAAUUGUUGAUACGUGAAUAUUUCAUAAUACAUUAAGCCAUAUUAACGGGAUUUAUAACGAUAAUCUGGAAUGUAUUAUAGGAAUCGUUUGACGUGCGUGGAUUACGACGAGAAUCGUCUAUGAUUGUUUUACAGUUAGCACAAUUAAAUGAGGAAAUUGAUAACAUCUGCAUUUAUUCCUCAUUAAUUUUCAUUUAAUUUCCACGGACAAAUGAUUCUUAACGAAUUACAUUAGACUUUAAUUCUUAUGAUUUUAAUUUAGUUCAAUUUCAGAUUCAAUCAAAUUCAUAAUAAUGAAUUCUUUAAAGAUUUUAUAUAUAAAAAAGAAAAAAAAGAAAAAAAAACCUAAUAAAGAAAAAAAAAGGACUAAAAAUUUUUCAUGAUCGAUUUGUAAACAAAUUUUAUCAAAAAGAAAAAAAAGUAGAAAAAGCAAAAAAAAAAAAUAUUUAUAAAUAGUAAGUUCAUACGCAUUGCAAUGUAAUAACGCGCACCUAGAUAACAAAAUAAUUAUCAAUGUAAAUUCAUCUGACCGUACAAGUUGUAUGUACAUACCAUCUUAUAGAAUUUAAAAUUAGUAUAACAAUAACAACAUGAUUAUAAAAGAAUACAUUGUGCUGUUGAUUUUCAAUCGGAUUUUAAA